AUGGAACCAGAGCCUAUCAUAUCAGAAGAUUCUCAACGUUAUCCUACAUGCAUCAUCAAGAGUGGGAAAACAAUCGAUCAUUUUCCAAAUACCACCUUGACGGCUUAUCCUCAUCUCUUAUCGUUAAUCUUCACAUUUUGUGACAAUCCAACUCUUCUUUCCCUUCAAUUGGCAUCAUCUUCUUUCCUUCCUAUAGCUUCUCGAAUUCUUUAUCAUACAUUAUCACCAUACGCACCACAAACAUAUCAAUCCUUAUGUGGAAUCCCACCUCAUUUAUGUCCUUCUAUCAGAACUUCAAAAACAUCUUUAUUAUCCUAUACUCGACUAUUGGUUUUACGUCCACACGAUGCAUAUCGUUGUCAAUCACUUCCUGAAGAACUUGCACCUUUCCCAAUCAAAAGUAAUCUUCGUACGAUCAGAGUGACAAAUGUCGAUUGGGGUUUACAUCCAUUACACGCUUGUCCUUUACUAUUCGCACCUGCUUCAACGAUAGUUUUUAGGAAUGUAGAAGGUGAUUUACCUUUUGGUUGGUUAGGAGCUAUAGGUGAAACUGUAAAAGAAGUUAUUUUGGUUUGUCCUCCUACUGCAAUGGGAUUAUGUGUUGCUAAAGGGGUUUAUAAAGAUGUUAUCGGUGGUGGUGUUUCAGGAUGGGGUAUGCCAAAGUUGAGAAAAGGAGUAAGAGUAAGUGUGGUAUUUAGACCGGGUGAAGGGAAAUGGGGAGGAGGGGAAGGGGAAGAUGGAGAAGGAGGAGAAGAAAGAGAUUGGGAAGGUGUGAAAUGGAUGUUAUCUCCCGGAAGAGAUAAUGUAGGUAGCCCCAGGGUAUGGGAUGGGGAGAAGAAACACGUAAGGGUUAUAGGAAUGGAGAGGUUCGUUCCUUCUAAAUUCACCCCACUCACACAAGACCCCCAACUCUCCUGCAUCAAAGAAGAACAAAACGAUCAAACAAGGUUAAACCAAAUGAAAUCACUCAUGUCUUCCAUAUGGGAUAUCACAACCAUCGAAUGGAUGACGUUGAGGGAAAUGAACUUGGUCGAAAUGGCCGAUGCGUUCGAUUCUAUCGAACUUGACAAAUUGAGAAAAUAUCAAACUUUCCUUUCUUCUUCUCGUCUUUGA